AUGUUGAACGAGUUCGAGACUGAAAUUUGCUAUGGCGCGUUAUUCGACGCCUGGGCCAAGCCAUGUGGAAACUGGAAUCUCAUAAGACAUGCAGCAACUCAAGCGUCAAACCUCUUCUCAACGUUCAGCCUCACAGAGCAUACCAAGGGAAUACUCUCAAUGUCCUUUGAGCACGCCCAGGUUGCCAUAUUGGAUGUGCAAAUGACCUCUAAGUUGGUGGUGUUGCGUCAAAUCUCCGACGUGAGAUGUGAGGCUGUGGUCCCAAACCGCACUAUUCUCAAGCGAAAGGCCAAGUCCUCGUCACCUUUCCAGAUUUCCAUCAAUAUAUUCGGUCCAAGAGAGGCUGCUGAUGGGGUUUCGGGGGCUUUAGCCAAAGUUCACGCGUUUCUUCAGCACCCUCAAACUUUGAACGUCGAUGUCGAGUACCACAACCCGGACAUGUUGACCCUUCCCGGGCAGAAGACUGCGAUGAACGACCUCAUUGGCACAUCGCAAUUGCUAUUGGAAGAAAGUAAAUUGUCGCGAGAUAUUCGUGGAAUACUUGAGUCGUUGGGUCAGGUGGCGGAGGGUGAUGAACUGGGCUAUCUCGAAGGCCUGGUCUCUACACUUACGCAGCAUCAACAGCAGGGUGUUCAAUUUGUUAUCCAGCGAGAAGAUGACUUAUUCUGCCGGCAACUCUCAGCACGUAUCUCGCAGAUAACUGGUUCUGGUUCUCCUAUGCAGGCAGAUGGCAUACUCUUUGGACUUGGUGGUCUGAUCGCAGAUGUCAUGGGCAUAGGGAAAACUCUGACGAUUCUCACUUCGAUCUUGCACUCGGCAAACAAAGCCCAAGACUUCAGUUACUUUGGUCGCCCAGUAUCAGAAUCUGAAAUGAAACAUUCGCUAACCAAAGCAACCUUGGUGGUGGUUCCAUCUGUCCUCGGGGGCUUCUAUAUCGUAUGGAAUGGUACAGAGUUGUGCUUGAUGAAGCAAUGGAAAGCGGUCGCAAACCUCCGGUCAAUACGGAGAUGGUGUCUAUCAGGGACGCCGAUUCAGAACAAGAUGGAAGAUCUUGCCUCACUUGCGGGAUUUCUCCAGCUUCCUCCCCUGAGCUCAAAGGACUCCUUCGAGAAACACGUCUUGAGGCCUCUAUCAGAAUCGGGCACUAAUUCAAAGCCAUUGCGGGCAUAUAUGGAGGCUUAUUGUCUCCGGCGUUCUGAGUCCUGCCUUUCACUUCCGGCCAGUCGCGAGGAAGUCGUUCCACUGUACUUAUCUCCUCCAGAGCGGGAAGUUUACGAUGGGGUCCUAGAAAACGCUCGAAGGCAGAUUGACGAUAUGGUCAGCAGUAGCAAGCAUGCAGGUGUGCGUUGCUCCAAGUUGUUCACAGCGCUAUUGCGGAUGCGGAUGAUUUGCAACACAGGAACCUACGCAUCGACUCAAGACCCUCGCGGUACAUUAACGAGUCAAUCGCUUCUGAAGCCGAGAAGCUUGCAGUCGCUAUGCGAGCGAUGCUCAGCAACUGAUGGAGACACUCUCAUGCUGCUUUCCACCUGCGAGGUCUGCCCAGACUGCAUGAGACCCUUGCACCAGCGAUCUCCUAGCCCACUCUCUUCUCUUGCAUCUUGCCUGGAAAACGUGGCCGUCAGCGCGAACGGGAGGGAAUUAUCCACGAAGUUGGAGGCCGUGGUGGGAAGGUUGGUCAGCGCAAGCAACUCAAGAAACAAAGCAAUUGUGUUCUCCUAUUGGAAGACUACACUGCACAUUUUGGCCCGUCUACUACGAGCUUCCGGUGUCGUGUAUCUGCAAGUCGACGGAGAGACUAGCUUUGUCGACAGAUCGAAUCGUUUGCGAGCCUUCAAGGAAGAAUCCAAAGCCUAUGUCUUGCUCAUGACCGUCGAGACUGGUGCUGUAGGCUUGAACCUGACAGUAGCAAAUCAAGUACAUAUCGUCGAGCCACAAUGGAAUCCAUCAGUUGAAGAGCAGGCUGUGGCACGAGCGGUGCGGAUGGGCCAAAAGCGCGAGGUCACGAUAUAUCGAUACGUGUUGCAAAACACAGUGGAACAGGUUAGUUACCCAUAA